UGUGAAUGCGGUGGUGGUGGUGGCUGUGUUGCUCGAAGAAGGUGGGAGAGUUCUAGGAUUUGUGUGCUCUCUAGUGCCCGUCUCGCUCGUCAUUUGGAGCGACGAAUCCACCGACCAGUGUCUGAGUCCGGCUGGGGAGACGGCAUCUUGUCUACGGUGCUGACUUCGGUCUGCACGGUAUCGCAUGCCCACUCUCUAUGACACCGAAGGCUGGGGUUCCCCGAGUUGGAUGCACACAAUAGCCUGGCCAUCGCCUGGUUGUCGCUAUCGUCGACGGGCUCGGACCCUUUGAUCGAUUGAUGGGUGAAUGGAUGAGAGUGAUGGAUACUUGACGGGAGGACAGACGAGCGAACGGAAUUAGAGUGGUGGGCACUCACUGACUAGGCAUUACAGUUCAACAUGUCCUGUUCCGAUGUUGGGCUGUGGUGUAAUCCUCUCAUGUGGCCGUCGAGCUGCUGUUUCUCGCUCAAAGACAGCCACUCGGAAGAUUCGGAAAACCAGGAUAUCAUCAAGCAGGCUUUGAUGAUCAAACGGUCCGUGAAUCGCAAGCGAUUGGGACCUGUGAAUUAUAAAGCUCGAUGGUUCGUCCUGACUAAGUCAUUUCUCUCCUACUACGAAGGAUCGCUCGAGAAACGAGGCCGUGAAAAAGGUCGAAUCGUUCUGACGUCAAUUAGCUUAAUCGAAUAUGUGAACGAUGAAGCUCUCGACAAGAAAAACGUGUUUCAGAUUGGUUUCGACACGGAACACAUUCUCUACAUCGUGGCUUCAUCGGCCGAGCAACGUGACGAGUGGUUGUGUGCCUUAAGGAAACUUUGCACGGAUAAUCAAUGCCUCGUUGACAAGUACCAUUCGAAGUUGUGGACCGGUUCCAAAUGGUCUUGCUGUGGAGACUCCUCCAAACUCAGUUGCGGGUGCCAACCCACUUGGGUGACAAAGCCGUUGACAGCGUCAUUGAAAAGCAUCGAACCGGCUGCUUCGAAGUCGAUCCAUCCGGUCCAGUCGAUGGGACUCUUCAGGAAUAGCGACAGUAACUCGUCGCUGGACAUUUCACUGCCACAAAAUAGCGAUCAGCCGUCGUUUAGGAAAAGGCUAUCGAGGUCAAAUGUCGACGACAGAAAGCUCUCCAACUUGGACGAAGUCUCUACGCUUGAGAAAAUGCGCAACAAUCGAAAUAACUUCACCAGGAGCUCUGAUAGUCCCGCGUUAGAUUCAGCGAAAAAAACAUCUGGCCACAGAAUUGUCGUCGCCAUGUACGAUUUCGAAGCUCAAGAAGACGGUGAUCUAUCGCUCAAGAAAGACGGGGAGUACGAGGUUGUCGACGAUUCAGGCGACCAUUGGUGGCAGGUCCGUAACCCUAAGGGAGAAUUGGGCUACAUACCAUCGAACUAUGUCCAAGAGAAAGGUUCGACUGGACUUUGGAGUUUCGACUGGUACGCCGGAAGUAUGUCGCGUCAGAAGGCGGAGUCUAUUCUGCGGCAAGAAAACAGAGAGGGUUGUUUUGUGAUCCGGAACUCCUCGACCAAUGGAAUGUACACUCUAUCGCUCUUCACUAAGAUCCCGGGACCUCAGGUGAAGCACUACCACGUCAAAACCGCUAGUCAAGGUGAGCUUUACCUCAGUGAAAGGCACCGAUUCCAGUCGCUCGAAGAGCUGGUGUACUACCACAAACACGAUUCGGGCGGUUUGGCGACUCGACUGAAGAUGGCUCCCUCGAGCAUUCACAAAAUUCAACCCAAUAUCGGCAUGAGCUCAGACAAAUGGGAAAUCGACCCAUUGGAACUGAGUUUACUCGAGGAAAUGGGUUCUGGUCAGUUCGGUGUCGUCCGCCGCGGCCGCUGGAGGCAAACUAAAGACGUUGCCGUGAAAAUGAUGAAAGAGGGAACCAUGAGCGAAGACGAUUUCAUUGAAGAAGCAAAGGUCAUGACGAAACUUCAACACCCGAAUCUCGUGCAGCUUUUCGGGGUUUGUUCCAAGCAGCGGCCAAUCUUGAUAGUGACCGAAUACAUGAAGAACGGAUCUUUGCUUAACUACCUGAGGAAACACGAACAACGAUUGCUGGGUCAAACCCAAACACUUCUGGAUAUGUGCAAGCAGGUGUGUUCUGGCAUGGCUUACCUGGAGAUGCACAACUACAUCCAUCGUGACUUAGCCGCUCGAAACUGCCUCGUUGGUGAAAGGAAUGUCGUCAAGGUUGCCGAUUUCGGCUUGGCCAGAUACGUUAUCGACGAUGAGUACACGUCGUCUGGCGGAACCAAAUUCCCCAUUAAAUGGGCUCCUCCCGAAGUUCUCGGGUAUACCAGAUUCUCAUCGAAGUCGGAUGUCUGGGCGUACGGUGUACUCAUGUGGGAGGUUUACACUUGUGGGAAAAUUCCCUACGGGCGCGCCGGGAACGCUGAAGUUGUCGAUCAUGUGCAGAGAGGCCAAAGACUAGAGAGACCACGAGUGUGUCCGAGGAAUGUGUACAGCAUCAUGAAAGCGUGUUGGGAGAAGUUCCCUGAAGAUCGACCGACAUUUCGCGGCAUCAAAUCUCAGCUCGAUCGACUCGUAGAUGGCAGCAAUCAAUUCUGAGGUCGGGGCAGACUCGUUGGGAGCGUUUGAUAUUCGAGACAGCGCAUCAAGACAAUGCCGAAAGCCGGAAGAAGCAGGGGAGAACUACUCGUGUGUUCGGAUACUUCUCCCUCGAGAAGCUUAACUCUCCACUAACUGCGAGAUUUUGUACAUGGAAUGCAAAACUCCAAUGUGACGAGACGACGCGAUCGAAAAUAAAGUCCGAUCUUCACUAAGCUGAAAC